CCGAAGGCCCGACCCGACACUGACCCGACCCGUUCUUCACAAUCAUUUUUGGAUGAUUUUUAAUACUGGAGAAGGUGGUAAUUGUUUUGUGGGUUGUGAAGUUGUGAUGGCUUUGGCUUUGGGUUUUGCUCAUUCACCGAGUCCUUUGCUUUCUCUUCAUCAGAAGCCAAAACCCACAUUGAGAUUGGCUGCAUUUCGAUGCUCAGCGACGCCUAGCAAUGAAAUAAUCCUCAGGACUUGCAAGAAUUGCAAAACCCAAUUCGACCCUUCCAUCAAUAACCCCCGGGCUUGUCGCUUUCACACAGCUCAUUUCGGAGGAGAAACAAAGAGGAAGUUUGAGAGUGUGCACACUGGGGGCACCAUGAACACUCCUGACUCUGGAAAAGUUGUUCAAUACUGGCAUUGUUGUGGAUCUGAAGAUCCCUUUGACCCUGGAUGCACAGCUGCUCCUCACUCAUCCUAUGAUGACUGAUGCUGUGUUAUAAUCCUCCCCCACCGGUACAUGAUUCGAUUCACCUUGUAUGUGUGAACAUUUACUUACACUACUACGAUUUUGUUCAUCUUUUUCCAUUUUCUUGUUUCCCUGUGUAUGCAAACCAUAUCAGAUUAAAUUUUGAGCUUUAAAAUUUGUUUAUAAGCUAAUUUUUACUAUUAUUUCUUCACUGUUGUGAUAUUUGUGUACAAAUCAAUUGAUGAAAUGAUUUUCAAGUUCUAUUAUCA